GGAGUCUGCGCUCCGGUUCGGGCUGCGGCUGCGGCUGCGGCUGCGGCUGCUGCUGUUACACUUCUAGCUUGAGGGAAAGAGGCCGAGGCCUGGGCCAAGCCCGGAGCCGCCGCUCGCCGGAGCCUCCUGGAGCCUCCGCGCCGGCUCAGCCUGGGGGCGGGCUCUGGUCCGGCCCGCCGCCGCACCCAGGACGGAGGCUGCAUGCCCGAGGACCAGGCCGGCGCAGCCAUGGAGGAGGCAUCUCCCUAUUCCUUACUUGAUAUCUGCUUGAAUUUCUUGACUACUCACCUUGAGAAGUUCUGUUCAGCCAGACAAGAUGGAACAUUGUGUCUGCAGGAACCUGGAGUAUUCCCACAGGAGGUGGCUGAUCGACUGCUUCGGACCAUGGCUUUUCAUGGUCUACUGAAUGAUGGAACUGUGGGUAUUUUUAGGGGCAACCAGAUGCGCUUAAAGCGAGCCUGCAUUCGCAAAGCAAAGAUCUCUGCUGUUGCUUUCCGGAAAGCUUUCUGCCACCACAAGUUAGUGGAACUUGAUGCCACAGGUGUGAAUGCUGAUAUCACGAUUACAGACAUUAUCAGUGGGCUUGGCAGUAACAAAUGGAUCCAGCAGAAUCUCCAGUGCCUGGUGCUGAAUUCAUUAACUCUCUCCCUCGAGGAUCCUUACGAGCGCUGCUUCAGCCGGCUUUCUGGCCUUCGAGCUUUAAGCAUCACGAAUGUUCUCUUUUACAAUGAAGACCUGGCUGAAGUUGCCUCAUUGCCAAGAUUAGAGAGUUUGGAUAUUUCUAACACCUCGAUCACAGACAUCACUGCUCUACUGGCCUGCAAAGACCGACUGAAGUCUCUAACCAUGCACCACUUGAAAUGUUUAAAAAUGACAACUACCCAGAUACUGGAUGUAGUUCGGGAACUCAAACAUCUGAAUCAUCUUGAUAUCUCAGAUGAUAAACAGUUUACAUCAGACAUAGCUCUUCGCUUACUAGAACAAAAAGACAUCCUACCUAACCUUGUUUCUCUGGAUGUUUCUGGGAGAAAGCACGUGACAGAUAAAGCUGUUGAAGCCUUUAUACAACAACGUCCAAGCAUGCAAUUUGUAGGUUUGCUGGCUACUGAUGCUGGUUACUCUGAAUUCCUCACAGGCGAAGGACAUUUGAAGGUGUCUGGAGAAGCCAAUGAAACUCAGAUUGCAGAAGCACUGAAGCGUUACAGUGAACGGGCAUUCUUUGUUCGGGAAGCUCUAUUUCAUCUUUUUAGUCUGACUCAUGUGAUGGAAAAAACAAAGCCAGAAAUUUUAAAGCUUGUGGUUACUGGGAUGAGAAACCACCCCAUGAAUUUGCCAGUGCAACUGGCUGCAAGCGCCUGUGUAUUUAACUUAACCAAGCAGGAUCUUGCUGCAGGAAUGCCUGUCCGACUUCUGGCUGAUGUGACCCAUUUGCUGCUCAAAGCCAUGGAACAUUUUCCCAAUCACCAGCAGUUACAGAAGAAUUGCCUCCUUUCACUUUGCAGUGACCGGAUCCUUCAAGAUGUUCCAUUUAACAGGUUUGAAGCAGCCAAGCUUGUCAUGCAGUGGCUCUGCAACCAUGAGGAUCAAAACAUGCAAAGGAUGGCAGUUGCCAUCAUUUCCAUCCUGGCUGCCAAGCUUUCUACAGAACAAACUGCACAGCUUGGUACUGAGCUCUUUAUUGUCAGGCAACUUCUUCAAAUAGUGAAGCAGAAAACCAAUCAAAAUUCAGUGGACACUACGUUGAAAUUUACUUUGAGUGCACUUUGGAACCUCACAGAUGAAUCCCCAACCACUUGUAGACACUUUAUUGAAAACCAAGGGUUAGAACUCUUCAUGAGGGUUCUAGAGUCUUUCCCAACUGAGUCAUCCAUUCAGCAGAAAGUUCUAGGACUUUUGAACAAUAUAGCUGAAGUACAAGAAUUGCAUUCUGAAUUAAUGUGGAAAGACUUUAUAGACCACAUCAGUAGUCUUCUACACAGUGUGGAAGUGGAAGUCAGUUACUUUGCAGCUGGAAUUAUUGCCCAUUUAAUAUCCAGAGGUGAACAAGCUUGGACAUUGAGUCGUAGCCAGAGGAAUUCUCUGCUGGAUGAUUUGCAUUCAGCUAUUUUGAAAUGGCCAACUCCAGAGUGUGAGAUGGUAGCAUACAGGUCCUUUAAUCCAUUUUUCCCAUUACUUGGCUGUUUCACAACACCAGGAGUCCAGCUAUGGGCAGUUUGGGCCAUGCAACAUGUCUGCAGCAAGAAUCCUUCAAGGUAUUGCAGCAUGCUGAUUGAAGAAGGAGGAUUGCAGCAUUUAUACAACAUCAAAGAUCAUGAACAUACUGAUCCCCAUGUCCAACAGAUUGCUGUGGCCAUUCUGGAUAGCUUAGAAAAACACAUUGUGCGCCAUGGGAGGCCACCUCCCUGUAAAAAACAGCCCCAAGCCAGACUAAAUUGAUAGCUAUAAGUAUUGGAUAAUUGAAUCACAGGAAUCCUUUUUGUGAUUGGUCCAUUUGGAAUAUCUUACCCUCCCUGAUGUUUUGGGGGUUUCUAUGACAAGAGUCAUAAUAUCAGUUUGGGAUUGAUACUGUAUAGUACUGCCCAUGUGAACAGUCUCUAAUUUGUCUUGUGAUUUUAACUUAUUAGUCAAGAAGGGUCUCUUCCUUUAUCAUUGCCUUUUAGGAAAUUUUCCACAUCUUUCGGUGUUUGAACUUACUUGUGCUUGAGAUUCUACAGUUUUAUGGUAAAGUUUGCACGAACCCUUAGGCCAGACUUUUCUGAUCUCAGAGUCCCUUCCAGUCAAUUUGCAGCUUCACAUAAGCUGUUGACCUGAUUUCUGACACUGCUUCCGUUGUAAAUUUUAUACUGCUUCUAUAUAAAAUGCCUUUCUUCUCUAUCUGUGUAUCUUUUAUAAGAUGUCCUUCUUAGUGUGAAAGAAGGGAAAUGUGGAUCAUCUUGUGGAAGCUAAUCACUGGCAGGAGCCUGGAUGGCUGGCGGAAAGAUGUAUGAGAGAAAAAUUAUGAAGGGAGAACAGAGUGUAGGAACUGGGAAUUGCUUUCAUGGUAUAGGUUUUAAAAUGAGACAGGCUACCCUUCGGGAGCCCACCUCUCUUGAGGCGGUGAGCAGAAGCUUGUUCUCCAUAUUUAUACCUAGAAGUGUGGACUGCUGCUUCCUGCACAGACUGCUGGUUAUUCUCUAGGAAUAUUUCCCCAAGCACCACAGUAUAAAAUAUUACAGCACUCUCUGUUAAAGACUAACUGUCUACAUCUCCAUAUGUCGUAUUGUUGUGAAAAUGUGAUUUUAAAAAAUUAUCGCCAGUUAAAACUGGCUAUUCUUCUCCUCUAUUUCAAAGUCAUUUUUGUUCAGUGGAAUAGAGACAACAACAUGGUGUUAACCUCUCAGUUAAAAUACAAUUGACACCAGUAAAUUUUGCCAUAAAAAGUUAAAAUCUCUUGUUCAAAAUAUGUGUAUCUUGUUAAUGUGUUCAUGUUAGAGAAAGUGUCCCCAUCUCACUGCCAAAAA